AUGGGCGCGCGCUGCUAUGCCCGGGUGGCGCGCGCUGCCCUGUACGUGGGCGCGCGCUGGACUGCAGGGGUGCGCGUUGCUCUGCACGGGCGACGCGACGGGCUGGGGCAGGGCGCACGGGCGACGCGUCGGGCUGGGGCAGGGCGCACGGGCUACGCGACGGCUGGGGCAAGGCGCACGGGCUACGCGACGGGCUGGGCAGGGCGCACGGGCGACGCGACGGCUGGGGCAAGGCGCACGGGCUACACGACGGGCUGGGCAGGGCGCACGGGCGACGCGACGGGCUGGGGCAGGGCGCACGGGCUACGCGACGGGCUAGGUGAGUUCCCUUUCAUCAUCACAGGCCUAUAUGCCCACCCAACCCAUCCCACCCAGCCCAUCCCACAGAGCCCAUCCCACCCAGCCUAUCCCACCCAGCCCAUCCCACCCAGCCCAUCCCACCCAGCCUAUCCUCAGCCCUCUAAUGAUGCACACGUUGCUUGUCUCCCAGUGUCGGAGUCCCCUUUCAUCAUCGCAUAUGCACCCACGGAGUCCAUUCUCCGCAUCACCCGAGCCUUCACCCCUUUACCCCCCCCGCCCCUCCUUCUCAACUUCCCCCUCCUCCAGCUCCCAGUGUCGGAGUUCCCUUUCAUCAUCGCAUAUGCACCCACGGAGUCCAUUCUCCACAUCACCCGAGCCAUCAUCCAGCCCAUUGGGGGGGUCGACAUCGCCCCCAUCGUGUGGCUUGCACUCAUCAGCUUUCUCAACGAGAUCUUGCUGGGCCAGCAGGGGCUGCUCGUUCUGAUAGCGAACCAGGAGUCUCUAUUGAAGUAG